AUAGGAUCAUAGUACAUAUAGUAUUUUGUCCAAAUGUGCACGCACAAAAUUUUUUAAAGGAGACAGUGCAUGAAAUUUUCUCAAAGAAGACUCAGAAAAACUGCUACACUGGCUGAUUUUGCUCGUAGACUGAUGUACUCUGUUUUUUUACAAAAAUGGCACAUAUAUUAAAUGAAAAUGCAAAAAAGUCAUAUACAGGAUGUUCAACCAAAGAAGAAACAGAAUGAACUUUUACAUAGAUAUGGAUAUUUUUUAUCAAUGCUUUUAUGUAUGAUGCUUGCCUCUAUUAAACCACAUUUUGGUAAAACAAAUGGUAUUUUAAAUGGAAAUGUUAUUAUACGAUAUUUUGCUGUUCCUUUAACAUAUUUAGAAGCAGGCUUAUUAUGUGAUCCAAAAACCCUUUAUUUAACAUUAAGCAAUGGCUCUCUCUUAAUAUUUACAAUGACAUUCAUAUACAUUUUAAUGCCCUUCCUGAUGAGACUUGGAGUAUGUUUAUUGACUUAUGCUAAUGUCAAUGUGUGGUUACUGAAAGGAAUGGAAGUACUUUACUGUAUGCCACCUCCAUUUAAUACAAGUUUUGUUUUAUGUCGAUUGGCACAAGCAGAUUUAUCAACGAGUAUUGUAAUAACUUUGGUAUCUCAUUUUGGUGGACUAUUUAUAUCUCCAAUAUUAUUAUACUUUGUGUUAGGAGCAUCUACACCGCCUUUGGUUGGUGUAAACAUAAUAGAAACAAUUUAUAGUACAAUUUUACCAUUAGUCAUUGGAGUUAUGAUUCAAACCCUCAUUUUAAAAUAUGAUAUUUGUCCCAAAAUUAAAUCACCUUGGUUUUCUCAAGGAUUACUAUUAGCUACAGCAUAUCAUUGGUUUUGUGAUGCUGUAUUAGUGGAUGCAUCUUCUUUACAAGCUACUGAUGUAUUAUUAUGUGUAUUGAUUGCUUGCGUGGGACAACUAUUUGUUAGCUGCUUGUGUUGGAUUUUGUGCUCUCGGUGGUUACCUCGGAAUAUCUUGUUAGCCGCACUUUUUACGAGUACUCACAAAUCGGUUGGUCUUGGCAGCUGGGUUUUACGUGGUGCUUACCAUGGUUCAGCUCAUGGUCCAGCAGUAAAUUUACCAUUAUCUAUACUACCAGUUGCACAAUUAUUGUUAGGUAGUUUAUUAGCUGGUUGGUUAUCUCCAUAAUA